UUGCGGGCCUGAUGACACCUGCUGAAGAAGCUUAAAUCCAUCUCGGAGGGGCUCUCAUAUUUUUCGCUUUUUCUGGUUCGUCAGUCCUCAAAAAGGACUUUCCCAGAGAGAUAUGUAUCGGGGCCUUUUUGCGACUUCUGUGUUACUUGCAUUCUUGUGUGCCAGCGUGACAGAUGCACACAAAGCGUGCCAGCUGAAAGCAAACCCAGGAACGGGCGACAAAAACUUAACUCGCUACCAUUUCGACACCAAUGACAGAACUUGCAAGCAGUUCAUCUACAAGGGAAAAGGAGGCAAUGGAAAUAAUUUCCCGACGCUUGAAGUCUGCCGGAAAAAGUGCAUUGCAUGCUUUGUUACUUCGAGGAAAACCAAUCGGCCACUGUACUACACUAUAUCCCGAACAAGCACGACAACAAUGUCACCAGUAACAAAGAAACCUCAAGUAGAUGACGUCUGCCUAAAGCCCAGGGACAGCGGGCUGUCUUCAAACUGCACGGAGCGACUCAAAAGGUUCUACUAUAACAAGAGAACGGGGAAAUGCAGGAAGUUCCACUACACCGGCUGCGAUGGCAACGAGAACAAUUUCAAGACCUUAAAAGAAUGCGAGGCAAAAUGCGUUCCAGAAAAGCAGCAGCAGGCGACGACUCAGCCUGGUCCUGCUGGACCUUCAAGACGUCCAUCCCCUAAACCUAAGACGGUCUGCGAGCUACCGAAAGAUCGAGGCCACUGCCAUGAACCUGGGAAAGAGAAGAAAACUUCCAGGUACCUUUAUAACAAGAAAUACAGGAGAUGCCAUAUGUUCUACUUCUAUGGGUGUGGAGGGAACGCCAACAACUUUAAGACGUUCGCUGAAUGCUCGAUGGCAUGCGAGACAGGUGCCAUGAAGACCACGACAGGUGCCGUACAGCAAUCGGUUCCUACAGAGUCAACGCCAGGGACCAUGUGUGAAUUGCCUCCACGAACGGGUCAUUGCCUUGCCUACUUCGUUUCCUACUAUUACGACGCCAAGGAGAAGACGUGUAAGAAGUUCAUCUACGGUGGUUGUGGGGGAAACGCUAACCGAUUCUACACUGCGCGGUCAUGCAUGAAGAAAUGUGGAGGAAAAGGCAAUGGCAGGAGCUUUACUCACAACAACGAUGAUGAGCAUGACGGAGCCGAUAACGAUCAUAUUGAUGACGACGAUGAUGACGAUGAUGAUGGUGAAGAUGACGAAGACUAUGACACUGCCAGUGACGAUGAGGAUCAAGACGAAGACAGCCAUAGUUCUAACGAAGACGUUUAGUUUGACACUUUUGACUCUUUCAUUUUUGACGCUACAAUUUUCCAGGCGGUUCGUACGAGUAGAGCUAGGGUUAUUGCAUGGGAACCUAUGUCUCCAUAAAAGAAAAGAAAAAAGUAGUGCACGGUGA